AUGCGAUUAGAUGAUUUGGCCUUAAUUCUCUCGAUUCUUUUCGCAUUUGGUCAAGCAUGUAUUCGAACGGUGCCCCCAACGACCACGACAACAGUGAAACCAACCAUUACCACAACCACAACCACGGCUACUACAGUAACGACGACGACUGGAACAACGACAACCACGACAAAGACGACUACAAAAACGACAACCACACCGACGACCACACCGACGACCACUUCAACCACCACUUCAACCACCACUACCACUACAACAACACCACCACCAUGCGCUGGGUGUACACAAGCACAAACCGAGGCACUUGUCGACACGACCUCCUCUGGAUCUGCUCCGUUUACUAGUAUUACGAAAGGAAUGGACGCGAGCGGUUGUGCGACUUUCACAUUGACUUGCACCUCGACCGUUGCCGGUUUUGCAGCCACUGUUUCGUUCAAUAAAGACGCGGCUGGGUCGGAGACAGCCACACCGACAGUGACGACCACUAUAACAUGCGAUGCUGAAGGAAAUGCACUAGCAAAGACACAAGCCGGAGCAACGGCUUGUAUUCGGACACAACCGCCAGCCACAACCACAACACCCAAGACAACGACAGAGAGAACGACAACUCCAGUACCUCCAGCAUGCUCAAAAUGCUCAAAAAACACGGGUUUAACAAUCGAUCUGAGGUCAGCUGGUGCAGAACCUUUCACCAGCACAACAACCGGCACUGACGCGGAUGGAUGUUUUACGCAAACGCUAAGCUGUACAUCAACAGUCGGAAUAUCCACUGUUUCGUUUAAUCUCGAUCAAAAUGGAUCUAUCAGUGAUAAACCGACAGCAACGGUGACACUCGUUUGCACCGAUGACGGGACGGGCUUUCAGUUUACGCAAGCUGGUACUACCAUUGACGUUACCACAAUUGGAUGUUUUCCUGUUAAUAAC